AUGAGCCGCGAAUGGAAAGGAUACUCACGCGCAUACAUCUGUAGGAGAGGCAAUCAUACCGCAGGAAGUUUUGAAGAGACAGAAGCCGCGGAUGUACCGUAUACGAUAUCUUCUCCGAAAAGGAUAGCGGUUUCCAUUAUUAUGGAGGAUCUUCGGGCAAGUGCACCUCGCAUCGAGACCUUUCGAAUAUACAUAACCAUUUUUGAGGAUGCGCGGUGA